GCGGAGGCGGGAUGAAUGCGGCAUGUGGCGGGACGGCGCGGACGCUGCGGGUGCCGGGCCGCCAUGGCUACGCCGCCGAGUUCCCGCCCUACCUGCCGGGCCGCCUGGCCUGCGCCACCGCGCAGCACUGCGGCAUCGCGGGCUGUGGAACCCUAGUAGUAUUGGAUCAAAACGAAUCCGAGCUGCAGCUUUUUAGAAGCUUUGACUGAAACGAUGGUUUGUUUGAUGUGACCUGGAGUGAGAACAACGAACAUGCCCUCAUCACCUGCAGUGGUGAUGGCUCGCUGCAGCUCUGGGACACCGCCAAAGCCACGGGGCCGCUGCAGGUCUACAAGGAACACACGCAGGAGGUUUAUAGUGUUGAUUGGAGCCAAACAAGAGGUGAACAGCUUGUGGUGUCUGGUUCAUGGGAUCAAACCAUCAAACUGUGGGAUCCAAAGGUUGGAAAGUCACUGUGCACUUUUAGAGGCCAUGAAAGUGUCAUUUAUAGCAGAAUCUGGUCUCCCCACAUCCCUGGUUGCUUUGACCAGACCCUGAGAAUUUGGGAUGUGAAGGCAGUAGGAGUCAGAAUUGUGAUUCCAGCACAUCAGACAGAGAUUCUGAGUUGCAACUGGUGUAAAUACAAUGAGCAUUUGCUGGUGAUGGGGGCAGUUGACUGUAGCCUGAGAGGCUGGGAUGUCAGGAAUGUGCGACAGCCGGUGUUCGAGCUUCUUGGCCACACCUAUGCCAGCCGGGUGAAGUUUUCACCAUUUCAUGCUUCAGUGCUGGCCUCUUGUUCUUAUGAUUUUACUGUAAGAUUCUGGGACUUUUCCAAGCCUGCUCCCCUUCUUGAGACAUUGGAGCACCAUACUGAAUUUACUUGUGGCUUAGACUUAAGUCUCCACAGCCCCACUCAGGUGGUUGACUGUGCUUGGGAUGAAACGAUCAAGGUGUACGACCCUGCUAGCCUUGCUGUCCCUGCUUGAAAGACACUGCCGUAGUCCAAAACCAAGAGUGCGACUGAAGGACGCUGUAACAG